UCAACAUAUACACAAAUACACACACACACUGGGAACAUUGUCUCCUCUCAUCGCACAUAUCUUAUCUCUUAUCCAUGACAAUGUUGCACUUUGCACUUUACCCAUUUCCAUAUAACUCAUGGUCACUCGCAGAUACAUGCCAGUCUAUCACAAUCUCCCUGCACAUGCACAUAGACCCGAAGACAAACAUAAACACUUAGAGAAACACACACAGACACACUCAGGAACAACCUGAGGACCCUCAGGACAACUAUGCCAGCUAACAGCGUUGCCAUCUUCCUCCUCUUGUGCCUGUGUGGUGGGACACAGUCUGCACUCCCAGAUGAGACUGACAUGGAUGGUGGAAGAGACCUGGACAUCUUUGACAUUAAUUCAGAGGCAGGCCUGGAGCUGGUGGAAGGAGACAUAGAUAUGACUGAGGAUAAACUGAAAAACUCGAUUAUUGGAGAGCAGUACCGUUGGCCAAUGCCUGUCCCAUAUGUCCUGGAGGAUAGCCUGGACAUAAAUGCCAAAGGAGUGAUCCUGAAGGCGUUCGAGGAGUACCGACUGAAGAGCUGCAUUGACUUCAAGCCGUGGACUGACGAGGAGAACUACAUUGGUGUGUUUAAGGGCUCUGGGUGUUUCUCCUCAGUUGGAAACCGCCGUGAGGGAAAGCAGAGACUCUCCAUUGGCACCAACUGUGAUCGGCUAGGGACAGUUGAGCAUGAGUUCCUGCAUGCCCUCGGCUUCUGGCACGAGCAGUCCCGUCCCGAUCGUGAUGACUACGUAAACAUUGUAUGGGACGAGAUCACUCCGGGUAAGGAGCACAACUUUAAUAAAUAUGAAGACACCGUCUCAAGCACCCUGGGUGUCCCAUAUGACUAUGGCUCUGUGAUGCACUAUGGCAAGACGGCCUUCAAUAUAGCAGAGUUGCCCACCAUUGUCACUAGAAUCCCCGCAUUCCUGGAUGUGAUUGGACAGCGCAUGGGAUUUAGUGACAGUGACCUGGAGAAGCUGAACAGGCUCUACAACUGCACCUCCUCCUCCACCUUCCUGGACUUAUGUGGCUUUGAGGAGGCCAAUGUGUGUGGCAUGAUCCAAGGUGCAGACGGGAAGAGUGCAUGGAAACGGGUGCCCAAGGCAGUCGGAGGUCCACAGACAGACUACACCACCAUGGGCCGCUGUGAAGGAGCUGGCUACUUCAUGCAUUUUGAUGGCAGUGCUGGGGACACAGCGUUUUUGGAGAGCCGUCUGCUGUACCCCCAGCGAAGCUCCCAGUGCCUGCAGUUCUACCUGUACCAGAGUGGUGCCUCUGAUGACAAGCUCAGGGUGCACAUCCGCGAGUUUGCAGAGGGAGACACCAAAGGCACCCUACGACUCAUUGAGACCAUCAGCGGUGGUGUGAAGGACUCGUGGGAGCUGCAUCACGUCACCCUCAACACCAAUAAAAAGUUCCGGGUCGUGUUUGAAGGAGUUAUGGGCCUCGGGGGUUCUGCUGGUGCGCUCUCCCUGGACGACAUCAACCUGUCGGAGACCGAGUGCCCCCACCACACCUGGCGCAUCCGCAACUUUACACACCUGUUGACCACCACGGCCACUGGAGUCAAAAUAUACAGCCCGCGCAUUGUCUCCCGAGAUGGCUACAGCUUUCAGGUGGGGCUGUACAUCAACGGAAAUUCCAGCCCCGGCAACAUGGCCAUAUACCUCCACCUCACCUCUGGGCCACACGAUGACACACUUACGUGGCCGUGUCCAUGGCGACAGGUUACCAUGGCACUGAUGGAUCAGAACCCAGACAUUCGUCAAAGAAUGACCAACUAUAGGAUGGUCACGACUGACCCCACCAGAAGUGAAACAAAUCCUGACGGGAGUGUGGAGUACUACUGGGAUGACCCAAGAAAGGUGGGCAGCCUGGUGAGCGACACAGAUGGAACCCAGUUCUACCGUGGGCCCGGAUCUGGAACUAGUGCGUUCAUCACUCAAGGCCGCCUCAUGAGCCGAGACUACAUCAAAGGAGACGAUGCCAUCUUCCUCCUCUCUCUUGAUGACCUGUCUUCUCUCGUUCCUCCCAAGACCCAGUCCUGUGGUGAGCACUGCCAAGGGAGACAGCCAGUAGCCCAGGCUGCCCUGCCUGCCCAGACUCCCCAGGGAGCCUCUGUAGCAACAGUGGCCAUGGCCGUGUUUGCUGUGGCCGCCAUGUUGCUGGUUGUGGCUGUGAGCAGCAUGUACUUUGGCAGGCGGUACAGGAGAAGACAUGAUGGAGGGGGUGAACGCGGGAUAGAGCUGGAGAACAGAGGAGAGCAAUAACUUUUCCCGCCACAGACACCACUGCAAGACACUCUACAAUCACAUUUCCUCCUCAGCCACCUGGGUAUGUCAGUAUGAUUCACGCGGACAACAAUGCAAUACAACAAAAAUGAUGAGCUCAUUUCUGGAUGUUAUGUUAAAGCUAUGGUCACAAUCGUGACAAUUUAAUUUAUAUAAUUUUUGUAUGUGUUAUUGUAUCGUUGUAUGAAUAAACCUUUGUUUCCCCAA